ACACUCUCGCCGCCGCCAUUUUAAGGCUGUUUGGUUCGUGCGGAAGCAUCAAUCUGGUCGCUGUUUUCUUCUUUUUUUUAAACGGGGAGGAGUAAGUUUUUCGAAUUCCGAAGGUGUUUUGGCAAAUCUUUACGAAAUUGCUUAAAAAUAUAUAAGGUUUUGGUGUGCUUCUGACUGAAUAAGAAGAGGGGGAAAGGCUGUUUGUUGCAGAGUAGCACUGCAGGCUGCAGUUCCUGGACUAAAAGAUGGCUACCCAGGCAGACUUGAUGGAGCUGGACAUGGCCAUGGAACCAGACCGCAAAGCAGCAGUUAGUCAUUGGCAGCAGCAGUCUUACUUGGACUCUGGCAUUCACUCUGGAGCUACCACUACAGCACCUUCUUUAAGUGGGAAAGGAAACCCUGAAGAGGACGAUGUGGAUAAUCAGGUGUUAUAUGAAUGGGAGCAAGGCUUCUCUCAGUCUUUCACACAAGAUCAAGUAGCUGAUAUUGAUGGACAGUAUGCCAUGACCAGAGCCCAAAGAGUAAGGGCUGCCAUGUUCCCAGAAACCUUGGAUGAAGGAAUGCAGAUCCCAUCCACUCAGUUUGAUGGUGCUCACCCAACAAAUGUACAACGCCUUGCUGAACCAUCCCAGAUGCUGAAACAUGCUGUGGUCAAUCUAAUAAAUUACCAAGAUGAUGCAGAGUUGGCAACUCGUGCCAUCCCAGAACUGACCAAACUUUUAAAUGAUGAGGACCAGGUGGUUGUAAACAAAGCAGCAGUUAUGGUUCAUCAGCUGUCUAAAAAAGAAGCAUCUCGUCAUGCCAUCAUGCGCUCACCACAGAUGGUAUCUGCUAUUGUGCGCACCAUGCAGAAUACAAAUGAUGUAGAGACUGCUCGGUGUACGGCAGGCACUCUUCACAACCUGUCUCACCAUAGAGAAGGGUUACUUGCAAUUUUUAAAUCUGGUGGUAUCCCUGCCUUGGUAAAAAUGCUAGGCUCUCCUAUUGACUCUGUAUUGUUCUAUGCAAUCACCACACUGCAUAAUUUGCUGUUGCAUCAAGAAGGAGCUAAGAUGGCUGUUCGACUGGCUGGUGGCCUUCAGAAAAUGGUUGCUUUACUGAAUAAGACUAAUGUUAAGUUUCUUGCAAUAACAACUGACUGUCUUCAGAUUUUGGCAUAUGGCAACCAGGAAAGCAAACUUAUAAUAUUGGCCAGUGGAGGUCCUCAAGCUUUAGUUAACAUCAUGAGAACCUACACAUAUGAGAAGUUAUUGUGGACCACUAGCAGAGUGCUAAAAGUGCUCUCUGUAUGCUCCAGUAACAAGCCAGCAAUUGUUGAAGCUGGUGGUAUGCAAGCCUUGGGACUUCAUCUGACAGAUCCUAGCCAGCGCCUUGUACAGAAUUGUCUUUGGACUUUGAGAAAUCUUUCAGAUGCUGCCACUAAGCAGGAGGGAAUGGAAGGUCUUCUUGGAACACUUGUCCAGCUUCUAGGCUCGGAUGAUAUUAAUGUUGUAACAUGUGCAGCUGGUAUUUUGUCCAAUCUUACAUGCAACAACUACAAGAACAAAAUGAUGGUGUGCCAGGUUGGUGGUAUUGAGGCUCUGGUUCGCACGGUCCUUCGUGCUGGAGACAGAGAAGACAUCACAGAACCAGCAAUUUGUGCUCUGCGUCAUCUCACUAGUAGACACCAGGAUGCUGAGAUGGCCCAAAAUGCAGUCCGUCUUCACUAUGGCCUUCCUGUGGUGGUAAAAUUGCUACAUCCACCAUCUCACUGGCCACUAAUAAAGGCAACAGUGGGACUGAUCCGCAAUUUAGCGCUCUGCCCUGCAAAUCAUGCUCCACUACGUGAGCAAGGUGCAAUCCCCAGAUUGGUGCAGCUGUUGGUGAGGGCACAUCAAGACACUCAGCGACGAACUUCCAUGGGUGGAACACAGCAACAGUUUGUGGAGGGAGUACGUAUGGAGGAAAUUGUUGAAGGUUGCACUGGAGCUCUCCAUAUUCUGGCAAGAGAUGUUCAUAACAGAAUAGUCAUCAGAGGACUUAAUACCAUUCCACUUUUUGUCCAGCUUUUGUAUUCUCCAAUUGAAAAUAUUCAGAGGGUAGCUGCCGGAGUGCUGUGUGAAUUGGCUCAAGAUAAGGAAGCAGCAGAAGCAAUAGAGGCUGAAGGAGCAACUGCUCCUCUUACAGAGCUGCUUCACUCUAGAAAUGAGGGUGUAGCAACCUAUGCAGCUGCUGUUCUCUUCAGGAUGUCUGAAGACAAGCCUCAAGACUACAAAAAGCGAUUGUCUGUAGAACUGACAAGCUCUCUUUUCAGAACUGAGCCAAUGACUUGGAAUGAGACCGGGGAAUUGGGAAUAGAUAUUGGAGCCCAGGGAGAACCUUUAGGCUACCGUCAAGAUGAUCCUAGCUAUCGUUCCUUCCAUUCUGGAGGGUAUGGUCAAGAUGCAAUGGGAAUGGACCCAAUGAUGGACCAUGAGAUGGGUGGACAUCACCCUGGUGCUGAAUACCCAGUUGAUGGGCUACCUGAUUUGGGACAUGCUCAGGAUUUGAUUGAUGGACUUCCCCCAGGUGAUAGUAAUCAGCUGGCCUGGUUUGAUACUGACCUGUAAAUAUCUUUUAAGCUGUAUUGUCUGAAUGAUCCUGCAUUGUGAUUUGGCCUGUAGAGUUGCUGAGAGGGCUUGAAGGGUUGGCUAGUAUCUCUGAAAGUGCCUGACACUAACAAAAGCAGAGUUUCCUAUGGGAACAGUUGAAGAUUUUUUUUUUUUUUUUGGUUCUGGUCCUAUUUGGUUGUGGAAUAAAAAUGGAUUUUGGGAGUGGCUGCCUAUUUGAAGAAUGCACACGAGUGGAUCUCAAGAUGGAUUUAAAACCCUAGCCUUCUAAUUUUUUUUUUCUUUAACUUUUUCAGUUUCUGUAAUGGUACUGACAUAGCUUGCUUUUAAACUAGCCAUUUUUAUUUUUUACUUUUACAGUAAUUUGUAUUACUUUUUAACAGUCUUGUAGUGUUAAGUUAUAGUGGUAAUGCUCCAGCUGUUUCUACUUUUUAAGAUUAAAGUAAUGGUGUAGAACACUAAAACAUAAUCAUUUUAGUUGUACUCUGACUAAAAAGUAACAUUGUGUAGUUUUUGUAUAAAAUUAGACAAUGGUCCAAUUGCAUUCUUUUUAAAUUGCGUAAAGCGGGUUAACCAUUUCCAGUGUCAAUGUUUUCAGUGGAAUUUGCAAUUAGAUGGGGGCCAGAAUAAGACUUUUGCUAAAAGUGAAAGUAGUUAAAAAUUCAUUUAUCCCAAAGUUGUUGUAGCCUGCUGUACUUAUUGGUUACCAUGGUUAAAAAUGGCUAAACAAUAAAAAUGGACUUUCAAUUUUGCCUGAAUUAUUUUGUGAUGUGUUAUUGAAAUGUAAACAAUUUGGCUUAACUUGAAACAGCUUGAACAUUUUCGUAACGGAAAUGAAACAUUUAUUAAACAUUUAUCUAAUUCACAUUUUGGUGAUUCUGUUCCUUCAUCAGUUUCUUCCUACCACCAGCACUCCCCACCACCCAGCUGAAGGAACAACUGAUCUCUUGUGUCCAUCUUUGCAAGUGUGGAUUGCAAAGCAGUGACUGAAAGGCAAUUAGUUUGUCAGCACAAAACUUGAAUGGAAAAAAUGCAAGUUGAAUUUCUUGGGGCUUUGUAUCUUGCCAUUAGUGCUGAUGAACAGUGCUUAAGUGUCUACUUUGAUUAGGGAAACUUUAUUGUGAGCAUCACAUUUGAUUAUGAAACUUAACCCAUAUUUGGCACGGCUUGUAUGCUUGCCAGAGCUGCUGCAUAUUUUUGGUAUUUUUUUAUUCAGUACAAUCUAAGUACACGGUCCAGCAUUGCUUAGUGUGGUUUUUGUAUUUUCUUUUUUUUUUU